AGCAAACAGUAGCACACGGCUAACAAAUCAAGCCAGAGAAAAAAAAAUCCGGAUAAGAAUUAGUCGCUCAUAAACUACAAUUUUUUCUUCACUUUAAAUCUCUUCCCGAAUUUUCAAUGAAAUAAUAAUAUUCAGGAUUCUAUUUAAAAUCACAAUAAACAAAACCACUAAUCCAACUAAUACUUAAGUUUUAUAGCUUUUCCUCUCAAAGGAAAUUUUGAGUCGCUAAAGAGAAAGCUUCCCUGACAGAUAUAUAGACAAAACAGUUUCCAGUAUAUACAGCUUCACUUGUUAGUGUGUGAUUCAUUAGUAUUUUCAAUCAAUUGAUGUUUAAUAUUCUUUAACCGUGGGAACAAAUAAAAUGUCCAAGUACUGAAGAUGCCACUUAAUUUGUUAUCCAAAAAGUUCAUUUAUCUUGUAUUACUCGCACACAUGAAAGACGUUUCUGUAAACUUUGUAGUAUGUCCAAGCGUAAUCACAUGGUCUCGGUUUGUUUUGUUUUGUUUGUUAAGGGGGAAGGGGAUGUCCAAUGUGCCCUUAAAACUGUGGACCAAAUAACUUACCCUCAGUUCUUAUUUGUAACCCCAAGAGGAGGAACAGCGAUUGAGGUAUUGCAGUGGAUGAAGUUAAGCAGACAUAAUGACGGCUCUCUGGCCUCUAUGGUUGUCUGCUUCUCUGGCUCUGCUGGAGGCUUCACCACUGUUUGUGGAGAAAGAAACUACUGGCUUGAGGAUCUGUAAGCCUGCUCCUCAUUGGAAGAUUGCUAACAAGGCUCCAAUGAAGGAGCUUGUGGGAAAUGUAGUCGUCGUGGCUCUUCUUAAAGCGAGCUGACACUUCUGUCUCACGCAGGCUGCCAGGUUGGGGGACCUGCGUGACAAGUUAGCUCAUGGAAAUGUGACAGACGUUGCGUUCAUGAUUGUCAAUGAGCAGGACGCUCAGUCCAGAGCCAUGUACUGGGAGCUCAAGAGGAGGGUGGCACAGGGCAUCCCUGUAUAUCAGCAAAGCCCACUGCAAAAUGAUGUCUGGGAGAUCUUGGAUGGAGACAAAGAUGAUUUCUUUGUGUAUGAUAGAUGUGGAUAUUUGACCUUCCAUAUUGUCCUGCCAUACAGCUAUCUUACCUACCCUUAUGUAGAAGCUGCCAUCAGGGCCACAUACCAUACAGACAUAUGCAACUGCUCAACGAGUGUCAAUUCUACAGUAUCAGAGGACAUUAAAAGCAUGAAAAACAAUGACACUGCACCCACUGGAGACAAUAGUCGACAUGCUGAGAAUACAGAGCCUGCUGAAGUUGAGCCAUUGGAAUCCAGUCCUCAACAGAAUCAUCAUCAUCACUAUCAUCAUCAACAUGAGCAUCAUCAUCAUCAUCAUCAACCUAACCGUAACAGCAGUGUAGGUGAUACUGAAGUGUCCAGCAAAUCAACGAGCACAACCCAGCAUUCUCAUCCAAAACAUAGUUACCACAAUAGAAAGAGAUAGGGACUACAUUAUUCUCUCAGAUACGAUCAUAUAGUACAUGACUUGCAACAGAGUUUCACAACAGACAUUUCUACAGGCAACAUACACAAACACUCACUUGUAGAGAUAUGAAGGCCUUGAACCAGAUGAAUGUCCACUGUACACACUGUUAGACUAUGUGAAUGUGCAACUAGAAUAGAUUUGCCAUUUUUUACAUAAUUUGUUUGUCUAGAUAUAAAAACACAACAAAGCUGCUAUUAUAUCAGAUUUUGUAUUAGGUGGGACUUCUGAUGCCUCUGAUGAGUGUUUUCCUCACUGCUCUUAAUGAAGUGUGCACUUUAAACCUGGAACAGGGCUCUGCUUAUGGAUGUUGAGCAGAGGGGACAGCAACACUGUGCAUCAGUUUUCCUUUCACGUUUCCUAAAGUUGCUGAAACAAAGAGCUUUGCUUAUUGU